UCACUCACUCUCUCUCUAAAUCUAAGAUUUCCUCUCUCUUCUAACUAUCCUAGCAGCCGCCACCCCUGGCCCAAAAUCUCAUCGUCCACUGUCAAAAUCCCCAAAAAUCAACUCUAUUCAUUUCCUCUACCCCCUUUUCUCAUCUUUAUCCUAAAAAUACCUGCAAAUUUCUUUAGAAAUCUUAAAUCCGGAAACCUAAACUAUAACCCUAAAAACUACCGCCACCAACACCGCCUCUACCCCGCCAUUUAACAGCCGGCCAAAUCCUAAAAUCCAAUUACCUUAAACUUCCUACCCGAAUCUAUCUCUAUAAUCUUCAUAUUUAUCUGUUUUUCUCAUCGUCUGCUGUUGUAACCAAGCUACGAAUCUCUAUUUCUAUUGAUUUCAUACAAAGUUCAAAAAUCACUGGGAAUUCCGGCACCACUGGUCGGAAAAGGGAAUAACAAUGUCUAGAAGGUCGGCGUUUGAUGCUCUUGCUAAUGAUGAUGAGGGGGAGGUUGUUGAUGACUUCCUAGAGGAAGAGACUAAAGUUGAGGAGGAGAUUAAUGAUGAUGUGCUUGCCAAAUCUUCGAGAGGGAACAAAAAGAAGUCCAAGGUAGGAAAGAAGGGUGGAAGUUGGUUUGCAGCAGCUGCACUUGAUGAGCUUGAUGAUGACGCUGCUGAGAAUGAGGAUGAGAAGAAAGAUGAGGAAGAAGAUACCCCUUCGUUUUCUUUCUCGGAUAAGAAAAAGAAGUCAUCCAAGUCUUCCAAGAAGAGUGGUAAAUUGUUUGGAGGAUCAGCUUUUGAUGCAAUUGCUCGAGAAGAUGAAGAUGAGGAGGUGGUUGAUGACUCUUUAGAGGAAGAGAGUAAACUUGAGGUUGAUGAUGAUGAUGAUGAUGAUGUGCUUGCUAAAGCUUUUACAGGGAAAAAGAAGAAGUCCAAGGGGGGAAAGAAGGGUAGUAGUUGGUUUGCAGUUGCUGCACUUGAAGUGGGUGAGAAAGAGGAUGAGGAAGAAGAUAUUCCUUCAUUUCCUUUAUCAGAUAAGAAAAAGAAGCCGUCAAAGUCUUCUAAGAAGAGUGGUAAUUCCUUUAGUGCAGCAUUGCUUGAUGAGGAAAAUGAGGGUGACACUUCUGUAUCUGAACCCACUGGUGCUGUUGAUGAUUAUGAUGAUUCUACAACAAUUGCAUUUUCGGGUAAGAAAAAAAAAUCAUCCAAGAAGAAGAGCAGUAGCAAUUUUGCAAUAUUUAGUGAUGGGACAGAGCUGCAAAGUGAAGUAACAGACGUGGUUGAAUCUGAACAACCAAGUUUAGGAACUAGUAAUACUGAAGCUGAUGAUUCCAAAACUAACAACAAGAGUGAAGAGGUUGCAGAAACUUCGAAGAAUAAGAAAAAGAAGAAGAAGAAUAAGAGUGGAAGGACUGCACAGGAGGAGGAUGAUUUGGAUAAAAUUCUUGCUGAACUUGGUGAGGGGCCUCCAAUAGUGAAACCCACAGCACCUCCUCCCCAAGAGGAGAAAGUUCAGGUUCAGUGUGAACUAGUUAUCCCUGCUGAUACCAUAGGUGAGAAGGAAGGUGAAGAAGAAAGUGUGGAGUCUGCUGCAGCAAAGAAGAAGAAAAAGAAGAAGGAAAAGGAAAAAGAGAAAAAAGCGGCUGCUGCUGCUGCUGCUGCCGCUGCCACUGCAGCAGAUGUUAAGGAAGAAAGUCAAGAGGAAACAAAAAUUGAGACCUCUGAUACCAAAAAGAAAGAUGCUAGGAGUAAAGCUGCUGACAAGAAACUGCCAAAGCAUGUCAGGGAGAUGCAAGAGGCACUUGCUAGGAGAAAAGAAGCUGAAGAGAGGAAGAAAAGGGAAGAAGAGGAGAGGUUGAGGAAGGAAGAGGAAGAGCGACGUCGGCAAGAAGAGCUGGAGCGACAAGCGGAGGAGGCUAGGCGUAGGAAAAAGGAAAGGGAAAAGGAGAAGCUCUUAAAGAAGAAGCAGGAAGGGAAACUAUUGACUGGGAAGCAAAAGGAAGAAGCCCGUCGCCGUGAGGCCAUGAGGAAUCAGAUAUUGGCCAAUGUGGGAGGCUUGUCUCUGCCUAGUGCAGACAAAGAUGCUGCUCCUACAAAACGGCCUAUAUAUCAAACAAAGAAGUCUAAACCAGCUCACCAUCAUGCAAAUGGUGCUGCUUCUACUAAGCCCGAGGAAAAUGUUCAAGCAAAGGAAAAACAGCAAGAAGAGCAGGAGAUCAAGGACAAGGUGGAUUCUGCGGAUGAUGAGAAGGUUGAUGAAGUGGAAUUAAAUAACACAGAAGAGACAUCUGUAGUUGCAGAUGUUGCUGAAGAGAAUGGAAUGGAAGAAGAGGAUGAAGAUGAUGGUGAAUGGGAUGAAAAAACCUGGGAUGAUGUUAAUCUUAAUAUUAAGGGUGCCUUUGAUGAUGAAGAGGCUGAUUCUGAGCCUAAGCCUGUGGUGCAGAAAGAUAUAAAGACCACUGCACCAGCUUCAGGCAACGCAGUAACCAAGCCAACGGUUGAGGCCAAGAAAGCGAUGGCUUCCCAAUCAAAUAAAUCUCAAGAUGAUGAAAGUAAGAAACCUUAUCCUGAGGUUAAAGCUCCAGACAAGAAUAAGAAAAAGGAUACUGCUGUGCAAAAUAGAGCACCCAGAUCAGAUUCUCUUCCUAAACGGAGUGAAGAAAACCUCCGCUCCCCAAUUUGCUGCAUUAUGGGCCAUGUUGAUACUGGUAAAACAAAGCUGCUAGAUUGCAUCCGAGGCACUAAUGUUCAGGAAGGUGAGGCUGGUGGUAUUACACAACAGAUUGGUGCUACAUAUUUUCCUGCUGAGAACAUACGGGAAAGAACCAAGGAAUUGAAGGCUGAUGCCAAAUUGAAGGUUCCAGGCUUAUUGGUCAUUGAUACCCCUGGUCAUGAAUCCUUUACAAAUCUUCGUUCAAGGGGAUCAGGUCUAUGUGAUAUUGCCAUUUUGGUUGUUGACAUUAUGCAUGGGUUAGAGCCACAGACAAUAGAAUCACUCAAUCUUUUGAAAAUGAGGAACACUGAGUUCAUUGUUGCAUUGAAUAAGGUGGACAGACUGUAUGGCUGGAAAGUUUUACGCAAUUCACCAAUUGCGAAGGCACUUAAGGAACAAUCUAGAGAUGUUCUAGCUGAAUUCAAUAGGAGAGUUACACAUAUUAUAACUCAGUUCAAGGAGCAAGGAUUGAAUACUGAAUUGUACUAUAAAAAUAAGGAAAUGGGUGAAACUUUCAGCAUUGUACCUACAAGUGCAAUCUCUGGAGAAGGCAUCCCAGAUUUGUUAUUAUUACUGGUCCAAUGGACCCAGAAAACAAUGGUUGAAAAGCUUACAUUCAGUGAUGAAGUGCAGUGUACUGUAUUGGAGGUGAAGGUUAUUGAAGGCCUUGGGACAACUAUUGAUGUUGUGUUGGUUAAUGGUGUUCUUCGUGAAGGAGAUCAAAUUGUGGUUUGUGGCUUGCAGGGUCCUAUUGUCACCAAUAUAAGAGCAUUAUUGACACCCCACCCAAUGAAGGAAAUCCGAGUGAAAGGAACGUAUAUGCAGCAUAAGGAGAUCAAGGCGGCACAAGGUAUCAAGAUCGCUGCACAGGGCCUCGAGCAUGCUAUUGCUGGCACUGGUCUCUAUGUCGUAGGGCCUGAUGAUGAUUUGGAAGAUGUCAAAGAGGAAGCCAAGGAAGAUAUGCAGUCAGUCAUGAGUAGGAUUGACAAAAGCGGGGAAGGGGUUUAUGUACAAGCAUCCACCCUUGGCUCUUUGGAAGCAUUGCUGGAAUUUCUAAAAACUCCAGAAGUAAAUAUUCCUGUUAGUGGUAUAGGCAUAGGCCCUGUACACAAAAAAGACGUAAUGAAGGCCAGUGUAAUGCUUGAGAAGAAAAACGAGUAUGCUACCAUAUUGGCUUUUGAUGUCAAGGUGACACCGGAGGCUCGAGAACUAGCAGAUGAGCUGGGUGUGAGGAUUUUCCUUGCUGAUAUUAUUUAUCACUUAUUUGACCAAUUCAAAGCAUAUAUUGAUGGUCUCAAAGAGGAGAGGAAGAAGGAGGCGGCGGAUGAAGCAGUCUUCCCUUGUGUUCUGAAGAUUUUACCUAACUGCAUUUUCAACAAGAAGGAUCCAAUUGUCUUAGGGGUUGAUAUCCUUGAAGGCAUUGCAAGGGUUGGCACCCCUAUUUGUAUUCCCCAAAGGGAAUUUAUUGAUAUUGGCCGGAUAGCUUCAAUUGAAAAUAACCAUAGACCAGUUAAUGUUGCCAAGAAAAACCAGAAGGUAGCCAUUAAGAUAGUUGGAUCCAAUCCCGAGGAGCAGCAGAAAAUGUAUGGGAGGCAUUUUGAGCUUGAUGAUGAGCUUGUUAGUCGCAUUUCUAGGAGGUCAAUUGAUGUCCUUAAAGCUAAUUAUAGGGAUGAUCUCACCCUUGAGGAGUGGAGGUUGGUUCAAAGGCUGAAGAUUCUUUUCAAAAUACCAUGAAGAAUAAUUGAAUCCACUUGUGAGCUACCAACGGCCUUUUCUGACAAAUGCCAAGGAUGUUCAGUUGUAAAUUUCUGAGAUAUGGCGUUCAAUAUAAAAAAAAAAGAAAAAGAAAAAAUAGAAUUUUGAAGUCAAUUUUUUCGCAUCACUUAAAUUUUGAAUGAGGAAGCCCUUCAUCAAGUACAGUGCAGGAAUGAAUUCUUGGAUCACUGUUCUUUGUAUUCUUGCCUUUUGGUGUACGAGUGCUCAUGGUUAAACUCGAAAGCUAAGUAAAAUGUGUAGAAGAAAUAUCCAAAACUUUAACUGCUACGUUCCUUGUUAAAAUUUUUUUGUCUGAUUUGCAUGAGACGAGAAAUAAAGCUAAUGCAUUGGUUUUUGUUGUUUUUCAGUCAAAACGUAUUGAAAAUGAUUUCAUGAGAAAUUUUCCCUCAAACUACACCUCAUUGCCGUCAUUGAGGAAGGGCUCAGUGACUGCUACACUUGAUUCUUGGUAUUUUAAUGUCAUUUUUAUUUUAUUUUUUGUAC